CCUAUUACACAUCAAUCUUCUUCCAUCAAAAAAUAAUCCUCAUACCCCUCAUGGCUUUUCAAAUACGGGUGAUACUAGCAACCCUUAUAGUGGCUUCAGUAAAUUUGGUUUAUGGUCAAGUUAGCACGUCCUGCACAACAUCUAUGAUGAGCAGUUUCACACCAUGUGCAAACAUCAUUACAGGAAGCACUAAUAAUGGUUUAGUGCCACCAAGUACGUGUUGUGAUUUAUUAAGGUCUUUGAUGAGCACUAAUAUGGAUUGUGCUUGCAUGGUUAUCUCUGCCAAUGCUCCAUUUUUCCAACAACCCCUUAGCCAAGCUCUUGCCCUCUCCCUUUCACAAGCAUGCAACAUUAAUGGAGUUCCUUUACAGUGCAAAGCUUCUGGUUCCCCUUUACUAGUUCCAGGCCCUGCAGUUCUUGGACCGAACAGCCCAACUCUCCCUUCAAUUGCUACAUCACCCUUAAGCCCACAAGAUUCAAGAAUGGUGGCUAUGGGCAAAGCACAGAAAUAUGAAAAUAUGCAAUUGGCACGGGAACUGUCACCAGCAUCAUCACCAGUGGAAGCAGAAACGCCCACAAGAACUAGAAUUCCACAAAUCCGACCAGUGUUGACUCCACGUCCUUCAGCAUCUCAUUCAUCUUUUGCUUCCCCCUCAGCUUUUCCAUUCUUCAUAGGAAUCCUGGUUUUUGGCAUCUAUUAGUAGUUGUUAAUGUACAAUGUAUAACAACAAAUCAUAAUCCAGAGACCAAUGACGAAUGUACGAGGCGCGCAAAAGCUUCAGCUCCUCCCUCAAACUUCUUUAAGUGUAUACUAAAACACAGUUGCUGAGUAAGAUUGUGUAUAGGUGUCACACUUAAAUGUUAUCUUUAUUAUUAAAGAUAUUUUGCAAGAAAAAGAUACCAAUAUAUAUAUAUAUAUAUAUAUAUAUAUAAACAAUAUGAAGUUGGCAAGCAUUUCCACUUGGAUCAGAGAAUAAAAUUACUCUUCAAGGACUAUAUUUCUCUAGUGUGGCUGAAAGAAUCCUGGUCCAGGCUCAAGACCCAGCCAAAGUUACCUUGCUGCUGAGUUAGUUCUUGAAAUAGGUUAUUUGUUCCAGAACAAUAGAGUAGAUCCGCAUAAAAAGAGCAAUGCACCUUUGAUAGCCAUGAAACCAAAUGCUGUUGAUUUUAACAUUGCUCAUAUUUGAGACAUCUAGGAAGGUAGAGAAGCUUCUUGAUAUGAUGCCUCGAAUUGGUGUCAAAGCUGUUGCAAAUUUACUGAUAAUAGUGGCACGUGUGUAUGAGAGAAAUGGGCCAAGAGAAGAGCUCAAGAAGCUGCAAAGGCACAUAGAGGAAGCUCCAAAUUUAACUGAUUUAUAGUUCCGACAGUUCUAUAAUUGUUUGUUGAUAUGCCAUUUGAAAUUUGGGGAUCUAGAUUCUGCAUCAGACAUGGUUUUGGAAAUGCUUAGGAAAGCAAAGGAAGCAACAAAUUCUCUUGCAUCUGUCAAAUAUAUGAUAAAUGCUGCUGAAAUUGAUCAUAGCCACUCUCCUGGACUGGCUUCUGUGCAUAGUUUGAACAACAAUAAAGAUUUAAGAUAGUUUAGAAAAUAACAGGCCAAUUACAAAUGCUGUAUUAUCGUAGGAGGAGUUUUCUAAAGCUUGAGUCAAAAGCUAAACUUGGUUCUUUAUUAGCCAAGUUGCAAAUGAAGGUGGACUUGAUUAUAACCAAACAUGGUAUACUGCAGCCAACUGAAACAAUUUAUGUGAAAUUAGUUAAAGCUUUUCUAGAAGCCGGCAAGACCAAUGAUUUAGCAAUGUUUCUUCUCAAGGCAGAAAGAGAAGAUUCUCCUUUCUCCAAUGACAACUCAGCCUUGGUUCAUGUUAUUAAUGCAAGCAUUUCACUUCGAUGGCUGGAUCAAGCACAUGAUCUCCUCGAUGAGAUGUGUCUAGCCGGAGUUUGAAUUGGUUCAUCAUACUCCUCUCUUUUGAAAGCAUAUUGCCAAGCAAAUAGGGCACAAAUGUCACAUCACUACUGAGAGAUGCUAAGAUAGCUGGUAUCCAACUUGACUUAAUGUAUGUUUGAUUUCAUGUUGGAAAAUUGAUUCUGGAUCUAAA